AUGGGUCUACGACCUGAUACGGAGGUUAAUCUGACCAACAACGAAAUCGUUGUAUUGUCUGAGGAGAACUUCCGCCCUAUGUUGAACAUCCUCUCGAAGGGUGAUGGAAUCCUCCAUUUAGACGAUAUAAGCAAAUGCGAUCCAGGAACUGAGAUCUCAAACGCAUCAUGCAUGGGAAAUGGAGUGUGCUGCAUCGUGAAGAUCGUCUCGCAGAAUUUCGCCUCCUUCCAGCCAUCUGGAUCCAAAGGUAACGUCCCCAAUGACAAUUCUUCCAGCAGCCACCUACAGGGGGUAGACGCU